AUGGCCCCUCGCCUUGUCCGUCUGCUGCUCUCAGCAGCCGUGCUUGUCGGUGUCGCGCAUGCUGCCGGCCGCGGCUUGAUGCAGGUCGAUGACACCGCCGGCGCGCUGGGCGCCGUGGCGCCCCCUGCUGAUGCGCGACCCAUAACAGCGGCGGCUCAGGGCAAGCAAAGGCAUGAAUUCUUCCAUCCCCAUGUCCAAACGUGCCCUGUGGGCGCGUACGUGCUCAACGGCGCCUGCGUGUGCCAGCCCGGCACCGGCGUGCGCUUCUCCAGCACUUACUGCUCCAAGUGCCCCAAGGGCGCCACGCAGUGCGACGACGACAUGUUCCUGCACACCAGCUACAUGGCCAGGGCGGGCAGCGCACCCCAGGGGACCGGCUUUGCCCCCAUGGGCCAGGGGGCGGCGGCGGGCGCGGGCGGCGGCGGCGGCGGCUUCACGGCGUCGGGCAUGCCCACGGGCGGCCUCAUGGCGUUUUCGCAGCCCACCCCAGCUGCAGUCACGCGCCCCGCCGCCGCCGCAGCCGCACCGGCAGCAGCUGCCGGCGCCCCUGCAGCCGCGGGCGCCGCCCUAGCCGCUGUCACCGUCGCUCCGGCUGCUGCCGCCGCCCCGGCCGCUGCUGCCACCCUGGCCGCUGCUGUGCCAGGUGCUGCUGGAGGGGCCACUGCCACCCCGGCCACCUAG